UUUACAUGUGCACUGUACCUAAAACAUCUCCUCUCACUCCAGAACAAAAGCAAGCUUCCCCUUUCGCUUUCGCUUCCUCUCGAUUUUCCACCUCUUCUCCCUCCCGACUCUACACUCCAUGUUCUGCAUGUGUUCGUCUUCGCAAUGAAUAAUCGUGUGUAUGUCACUCAUAUUUUCUGGCUCCACGCAGUAGAUCGGUGAAUGAGUGAUACAUUAUGAACCGCCCGCAGAUCUUCAGCAAUAGCUUCGAUUUCUGGAGUCCAUGCUGACUGGGCUAUCAGCAGUGGGCUGGAUAUUCAGCAUCCGAUUCUUCUGCGACUGCCUCAUCUAGUGUGACAAAAUCUGAAUAUAUGAAAGGAAUGGGUCAAUUAUCUGUCGAAACUGAGGACACUUUUUCCAGUUUGCUUGAGUAUGCUUCCAACAAUGAUGCUGAGGCUUUCAGGAGGACAAUUGAACUUGACUUGUCUGCUGUUGAUGAGGCUGGGCCUUGGUAUGUUCGUAAGAGAGGUGGAAAGCAUAUUUCACAGGAGGAAAGAACACCAUUGAUGGUAGCUGCUACGUAUGGUAGUGUUGAUGUGUUGAAGUUGAUAGUUGCUCUACCAGAGGUUGAUUUGAAUAGAUUGUGUGGUCCAGAUAAGUGGACUGCUCUCCAUUGUGCUGCCUCUGGAGGAUCUAUUAAUGCGUUUGAUGUUGUGAAGUUGCUGUUGUCUGCUGGUGCUGAUCCAAAUAUUGAAGAUGCCAAUGGUCAGCGCGCAUUUGAUCUGAUUGUAGUUCCUCGAGGGAAUCCUAGUGCUAAAGCUGCUCUUGAAGACUUGCUUAUGAACAGUUACUCAGAUGGAUAUGUUGGUGACAGCAGUGUACAGGUGUCAGUAACUGCUUCAAGUGCGUCAUCACCUAACUUAUCAUCAUCUCCAGAAAGUGUGUCUCCAUGUUCUCCAUCUGAUUCUGCAUUGUCUCCAACAGCGCUGAAGCUGAGUGACAUGCCUGCUAAUUCUUUGUCUGAGAAGAAACAGUAUCCAGUGGAUCCAUCUCUUCCAGACAUCAGGAAUAGUAUCUACUCGACUGAUGAAUUCCGUAUGUAUUCGUUCAAGGUCAGGCCUUGUUCAAGAGCCUACUCUCAUGAUUGGACCGAAUGCCCUUUUGUUCACCCUGGAGAAAAUGCCCGCAGAAGAGACCCUCGGAAGUACCAUUAUAGCUGUGUUCCUUGUCCUGAUUUUAGGAAGGGAGCUUGCAGGCGAGGGGAUAUGUGUGAGUAUGCACAUGGAGUGUUUGAGUGCUGGCUCCACCCUGCUCAAUAUCGAACAAGGCUAUGUAAAGAUGGCACGAGCUGUGCUAGACAAGUUUGCUUUUUUGCUCAUACCCAAGAGGAACUUCGACCGUUGUAUGUCUCCACUGGAUCUGGUGUUCCUUCUCCAAGGUCAGCUGCUUCUGCAGCUUGUUUCAUGGACAUGGCCACAGCUCUAAACAUUUUGCCUGGCUCACCCUCCUCUCACUCUGUCAUGUCUCCUCCUGCAUUUAAUCAUGCGCUGUCGCCUACAGCAAAUGGCAUGCCUCAUUCCUCUGCAGCCUGGCCUCAACCAAAUGUUCCAACCCUUCAUCUUCCUGGUAGCAACUUCCAGUCAAGUCGCCUGCGAUCCUCCCUCAGUGCUCGUGAUAUUGCACCUGAUCUAAAUAUGCUUCGUGACUUUGAUGCCCAGCAACAUGCUAUGAAUGACAUGGCAUCUUUCUCUCCGUCACACCCCAAUUCUUCUAUGUUGAAUCGUUCUGGUAGAUCCAAGUCAUCACUGACUCCUUCCAAUCUAGAAGAGCUAUUUUCAGCUGAGUUUCCACCAUCACCUAGAUUUUCUGACCAGGCAGUGGCUUCUGGCGUUUUUUCUCCAACGCACAAAUCAGCUGUUGUUCUUAAUCAGUUCCAACAGCCACCAAGCCUUUUAUCUCCUAUUAACACUAACAUGUUUUCUCCUAGACAUGCUGAACACCAUUUCUUGCAGGCUUCUUUUGGUGUCUCAUCCCCAAGGAUGUCACCAAGAAGCUUGGAGACUGCAUCCCCGUUGAGCAAUCGCCUCUCAGGAUUCGCCCAGCGUGAGAAGCAGCAGCAACAGCAGAUGCUGCACAGUCUUGGCUCCCGUGAGUUUGGUCCCAGCCGUGCACCCCCUGUUGGGUCCCCUGUCGGUUCUUGGGCAAAGUGGGGAUCCCCUGUUGAGAAGGUUGAUUGGUCAGUCGGCCCAGAUGAUCAAGCUUUUCUUAGAAGAUCUUCGGCUGAACCCAAGAACGAUGGAGAAGAACCCGAUGUGACAUGGGUGCAAUCUCUUGUGAAAGAAUCACCACCCGAGAUGAUGGAGAAACCUGCAGCAGCUUCGGGCUCCGGUGCUGCGCCAUCCGGUGAGUGUUUGAAAACAAAUCCUCAAGUUGACUCUACUGAUCAUUCUGUUAUAGGGACAUGGCUCGAGCAAAUGCAACUUGAUCAGCAGCUGGUAGCCUAGUAAACAAAAAAUUCAUUUUGAGUUAGACAGGCAAGGCAAGACUCUUAGGAAUUAGUACAUAAAUUUUUGGGCUCUUUUUUUGGCUGGUGGUAGUGAGUCAAAUUGGUUGCUGGAGUUCAGAAGUUUUAUUUAUGAAUUUGAAUUUUUCCCCAAGUAUUGUGUACUGAACUGAACUUUAAUAUUUAUUGAUUAAUGUAACAUGAGUUUCCUUUUAUUAUCUGGGCUGUAAUAAUGGAAACCAGUCCAGUUUGGGCGUUAUUCAACUUUUGUAAACUCAGACGCUGAUGAUAUUGCAUUCUAUUAAAUCUUUUAUUUAUCA